GACUAGACACCUAGAACCUUCUCUACUACACUACACGCAUAUCAUAUCAUAUGCUUCUCACAAAACUAUUUCGAUGUUGCUAUUUCAAAAUUAUAAAAACCAGCUUCUUCUCGAAUCCUCCAAAUCCAAUCCCAAUCCCCCACAAAAAACACAAAACAAACACAAUUGAUCCAAAUCUCUCCCAAUUCUUCCACCAUACAUACAUAACCCCAGCUCUCUAAAUCUAAUCAAGCACAGAACAAGAAGAGAAUUUGAAAGAGAAAAUGGCAUCUUCUGCGACACUUGUACACCUACUGAUUGGAAAGUCCAAUAAUUUUCCUUCUUCACUUUCCACUCCACCAAACAGAAACCGAAUUCCAAUUUCCUCCUCCUCAACAACAACAACAACCCUAUUCUUCGGUCACAAACUGAACAGUAACGUUUCUUCUUCUUCUCCUCGUAGAAGAAGAAAUGGUAGGUUUCGAGUUGUGAGCGAGAAGGUAGUGGGGAUCGAUUUGGGGACGACGAACUCUGCUGUAGCGGCCAUGGAAGGUGGGCAGCCAACGAUCGUCACCAACGUGGAAGGGCAGAGAACGACUCCAUCCGUGGUGGCGUAUACGAAGAAUGGUGAUAGGCUCGUUGGGCAGAUUGCGAAGAGACAAGCUGUUGUGAACCCUGAAAACACCUUCUUCUCGGUGAAGAGAUUUAUUGGGAGGAAGAUGUCGGAGGUUGAUGAGGAGUCCAAGCAGGUGUCUUACAAGGUUGUGAGAGAUGAGAAUGGGAAUGUUAAGCUUGAGUGUUCUGCUAUUGGGAAGCAGUUUGCUCCUGAGGAGAUUUCCGCACAGGUUUUGAGAAAGCUUGUGGAUGAUGCUUCCAAAUUUUUGAAUGAUAAAGUUACUAAAGCAGUAAUUACGGUACCAGCUUAUUUCAAUGAUUCCCAGAGAACAGCAACAAAAGAUGCUGGCCGUAUUGCUGGUUUAGAAGUUCUGCGUAUCAUCAAUGAACCUACUGCUGCUUCAUUAGCUUAUGGAUUUGAGAAGAAGAAUAAUGAAACCAUUCUAGUAUUUGACCUUGGAGGGGGUACAUUUGAUGUCUCAGUUCUUGAGGUUGGAGAUGGGGUGUUUGAGGUUCUUUCUACCUCUGGUGAUACGCAUUUAGGAGGAGAUGACUUCGACAAGAGAAUUGUCGAUUGGCUUGCUGGAAAUUUUAAGAGGGAAGAAGGCAUAGAUCUUCUGAAAGACAAACAAGCCCUUCAACGUCUCACUGAGGCAGCUGAAAAAGCAAAGAUAGAGUUGUCAUCUCUGACCCAGACCACUAUUAGUUUGCCUUUCAUUACAGCCACUGCAGAUGGCCCAAAACACAUUGAUACCACCCUUACAAGGGCCAAGUUUGAAGAAUUAUGUUCAGAUUUACUAGAUAGGCUUCGCACACCAGUUGAAACUUCACUGAAGGAUGCAAAGCUCUCCUACAAAAAUAUAGAUGAAGUGAUCUUGGUUGGUGGAUCAACGCGUAUCCCAGCUGUUCAAGAGCUGAUCAAAAAAUUGUCUGGCAAGGAACCUAAUGUCACAGUCAAUCCUGAUGAAGUUGUUGCUCUUGGAGCUGCAGUUCAGGCUGGUGUCUUAGCUGGAGAUGUUAGUGACAUUGUGCUCUUGGAUGUAACUCCACUGUCUCUAGGUCUUGAAACAUUGGGUGGUGUAAUGACAAAGAUUAUUCCGAGGAACACAACCUUACCGACAUCCAAAUCAGAGGUCUUCUCCACUGCUGCAGAUGGGCAGACCAGUGUUGAGAUUAAUGUCCUUCAAGGUGAAAGAGAGUUUGUGAGGGACAACAAAUCUCUGGGAAGCUUCCGUCUUGAUGGUAUUCCACCAGCUCCACGUGGUGUUCCACAGAUUGAAGUCAAAUUUGACAUCGAUGCCAAUGGUAUCCUUUCUGUCACAGCUGUUGACAAGGGAACAGGAAAGAAGCAGGACAUCACAAUAACCGGAGCUAGCACCUUGCCUAAAGAUGAGGUGGAUAAGAUGGUUAAAGAGGCCGAAAAGUUUGCAAAGGAAGAUAAGGAAAAAAGAGAUGCUAUCGACACAAAAAAUCAGGCGGAAUCUGUUGUCUACCAAACUGAAAAGCAGCUUAAGGAGCUGGGAGACAAGGUUCCUCCUCCGGUCAAGGAGAAGGUGGAGACCAAACUGAAAGAACUAAAGGAUGCCAUCUCCGUGGGUUCAACUCAAACCAUUAAGGAUGCAAUGGCCUCACUGAACCAAGAAGUCAUGCAACUAGGGCAGUCUCUUUAUAGCCAGCCAGGGUCUCCUGGUUCUGGACCUGCACCUGAUGGAAAUGCUGCUGGGCCGUCUGGGUCAACUGGUAGUACAGGUGAUGGAGAUGGAGAUGUGAUAGACGCGGACUUCAGUGAAAGCAAAUGAUCGACGCGGACUUCAGUGAAAGCAAAUGAAUGAAUUAGUAUGACUUUUUUUCCUCCCAUUUAGGCAGGUUCUGUGAAUAUUGUAUAUAUUUAGCAUGAAGAAAUCAUUUCCUAUCAAUGGUGUCAAAGACAUGCCCUGUUGAAUCUCUGUUAUCCCUCAAGGGGUGUCUUGCAAUGUGCAACGUUGUGCCUUUUCUUGUAACUUAUUUUUGUUUUAUAUUCUCUUUUCUCUCUUUUCUCAUAA